CUCUGUGUCUGUCAAAUCAUCUCAGAGGAGGAAAGAGUUUCUUGCUUGUCAGCUGCAGUCCUGUCUGAUGGCUGCAUUCCUCCCCAGCACCCGACAGCAGCCGCGGUGGUGGGUGCUUACCGUGUCACGAGGCAGCGCAUUUCAGAUUUGCCUGAUUUGUAAUUAUUGAAGAGCCCAAGAAACACCAAGGAGUUCCUGCAUCAAGGACAGAGGUGAAGCCCAGGGAGCAGCAGAUCAGGACAGGCCGGGCUCCCCUGGAGAGCUGAGCCUGUGGACGAUGCUGGACACGGCACGGCUGCGCAGGCCUUCGCUUUGAGGUGGGAGGCAGGCCUCUGCGGGACAGCUUCUCCACGCCCGGUCACCAUGGCUUCGACACUCUGGCUGGACGGCUGACAGGACCGUGCGCCCCGCACGCCGCUGGACUGCGUGCAGUCUGUGCACCGCCCGCUCGCAGGACGUGGGAGCAGGGCUGGUGGGCAUCAGAUGCUCCCAAACGCUGGACCAGCGGAGCGAUGGACUCGGACAGGCUAAGAUGGAAGUGACCUGAGGCCUUGCCGGGCGGUUUCCUUGCGACAGGACAGCUUAAGAGUCAGAACACAGGCUUGUCUGGGGAGCAGUAUGCAGGAAGCUGGUUUUCAGGCCACAAAUGCUUUCACAGACUGCAAAUUCACCUGCACCAGCGGUAAAUGCUUAUAUCUUGGUUCGCUGGUCUGUAACCAACAGAACGACUGUGGGGACAACAGUGAUGAAGAAAACUGUCUGCUGGUGACCGAGCAUCCACCUCCGGGCAUCUUCAACUCGGAGCUGGAGUUCGCCCAGAUCAUCAUCAUCGUCGUGGUGGUCACGGUGAUGGUCGUGGUCAUCGUCUGCCUGCUGAAUCACUACAAGGUCUCCACGCGUUCCUUCAUCAACCGCCCGAGCCAGAGCAGGAGGCAGGAGGACGGGCUGCAGCCGGAAGGGUGCCUGUGGCCUUCAGGCAGCUCGGUGCCACGGCCAGGGGCCUCUGAGAUCAUGUACGCCCCUCGGGCCAGGGACAGGUUUACUGCCCCGUCCUUUAUCCAGAGGGAUCGGUUCAGUCGCUUCCAGCCCACCUACCCCUAUGUGCAGCACGAGAUUGACCUCCCUCCCACCAUCUCCUUGUCGGAUGGGGAAGAGCCGCCUCCUUACCAGGGGCCCUGCACCCUGCAGCUCCGGGACCCCGAACAGCAGAUGGAACUCAACCGAGAGUCUGUGAGGGCCCCGCCCAACCGAACCAUAUUUGACAGUGAUUUGAUAGACAUUUCCGUGUACAACGGGGGCCCCUGCCCGCCCAGCAGCAACUCGGGCAUCAGCGCGACCACCUGCAGCAGUAACGGGAGGAUGGAGGGGCCGCCCCCCACCUACAGCGAGGUGAUGGGCCACUACCCAGGCGCCUCCUUCUUCCAUCACCAGCACAGCAACACACACGGCGGCAGCAGACUGCAGUUUCAGCAGAACAAUUCAGAGAGCACAAUAGUCCCCAUCAAGGGCAAAGACAGGAAGCCCGGGAACCUGGUCUGACCCCUCCACGUGCACUUGAAUCGAGGAGAGGAACCGAGGAGGGGAAGAGGCUGCGCCACCCUCCAGCGCACGGUGUUGUCCGGUUUCACGUGGUACAACUAAGUAAAACCAAAUGUGCAAACACG